GCUCGCGCUUCCUGGCGCUCGGGCUCUCCGGAGGCUCAAGUUCUGCACAACUUCUCCCCGCUGCCCAGCGCCUCGGCCGCGGGCCCGGCCAGCUAGCUGCGCUCUUCGGUUCAGCCGUCUCGUCCACAGGGCAGGUCCUCGUGGAGCAUCUGGUACCAAGUGGCCGCUGGCGGUCCCUCUCUGCGCCCCACCUCUCUGAUCGCCCCGUUCCCCUCGCGUGGGACGGCGGUGCUAAGGUUCUUGGCCCUUUCUCCUCCCCGGUGCGCCCGGCGCGGCCGCCGCUGCGUAACCCUCCCUGCGCCCCUCCUCUGCCAGCUCCUGGAAGCCAGUGGUGGGGACCCAGACUCCCUGAUGGUCAACGUGCGGCACCCGGGGUACUGCCGGGCCAUGUAAGCAGCUGUCCUGCAGAGAGCCUGGUGGGCAUGGACACCUUUAUCCAUACCUUAGUGUGACCACCCCAACAGAAAACUACUAAGGCCGUCUCAGGGGUGCCUGUGCCAAGAGAGGAGGGCGGCGUCCCCCUGGCUGCAGAGCCAUGCCUUUCGGCCUGAAGCUCCGCAGGACUCGGCGCUACAACGUCCUGAGCAAGAACUGCUUUGUUACCCGGAUCCGCCUGCUGGACAGCAAUGUCAUCGAGUGCACGCUGUCGGUGGAAAGCACGGGGCAAGAGUGCCUGGAGGCCGUGGCCCAGAGGCUGGAGCUGAGGGAGACACACUACUUCGGCCUUUGGUUUCUCAGCAAGAGCCAGCAGGCGAGAUGGGUGGAGCUGGAGAAGCCACUGAAGAAACAUCUGGACAAAUUUGCUAAUGAGCCUCUGCUUUUCUUCGGAGUCAUGUUCUAUGUGCCAAAUGUGUCACGGCUUCAGCAGGAGGCCACAAGAUAUCAGUAUUACCUGCAAGUCAAAAAGGACGUGCUUGAAGGACGGUUGCGGUGCUCCCUGGAACUAGUGAUCCGGCUAGCUGGCUUAGCUGUGCAAGCUGACUUCGGAGACUAUAACCAGUUUGAUUCCCAAGAGUUCCUCCGAGAGUAUGUGCUCUUUCCUAUGGAUUUGGCCAUGGAGGAGGCCGCUCUGGAGGAGCUGACCCAGAAGGUGGCCCAGGAACACAAAGCUCAUAGCGGGAUCCUGCCAGCUGAAGCCGAACUGAUGUAUAUCAACGAAGUCGAGCGUUUGGAUGGAUUUGGACAGGAGGUCUUCCCGGUGAAGGACAGUCAUGGCAACAGCAUGCACCUCGGCAUCUUCUUUAUGGGGAUUUUUGUGAGGAACAGGAUCGGAAGACAGGCGGUGAUAUACAGGUGGAAUGACAUUGGAAGUGUUACCCACAGCAAAGCAGCCGUCCUACUGGAGCUGACUGACAAGGAGGAGACCACACUCUUCCACACAGAUGAUAUUGAAAAUGCCAAGUACAUUUCUCGGUUGUUUACCACACGGCACAAAUUUUACAAACAGAACAAGAUCUGCACGGAACAGUCAAAUUCUCCACCCCCAAUCAGACGCCAGCCCACCUGGAGCCGGUCCUCACUGCCAAGGCAGCAGCCGUAUAUCUUGCCUCCCAUGCAUGUCCAGUGCAGUGAGCACUACUCGGAGACCCAUACUUCCCAAGACAGCAUUUUCCCCGGGAACGAAGAAGCCUUGUACUGCCGUUCUCACAACAGCCUGGACCUUAAUUACUUGAACGGCACCGUCACCAAUGGCAGCGUGUGCAGCGUUCACAGCGUCAACUCCCUCAGCUGCUCCCAGAGCUUCAUCCAGGCGUCUCCAGUGUCCUCCAACCUCAGCAUUCCUGGGAGUGACAUCAUGAGGGCCGAUUACAUCCCCAGUCACCGCCACAGCACCAUCGUCGUGCCGUCUUACAGGCCGACCCCAGAUUACGAGACGGUCAUGCGGCAGAUGAAGAGGGGUCUGAUGCAUGCAGACAGCCAGAGCCGGUCUCUGCGUAACCUCAACAUCAUCAACACCCAUGCCUAUAACCAGCCCGAGGAGCUGGUGUACAGCCAGCCGGAGAUGCGGGAGAGGCAUCCCUACACAGUCCCCUAUGCACACCAGGGGGGCUAUGGUCACAAACUCGUCAGUCCGUCUGACCAGAUGAACCCCCAAAAUUGUGCGAUGCCUAGCAAGCCAGGGGCCAGCUCCAUCUCACACACAGUGAGCACUCCAGAACUAGCCAACAUGCAGCUCCAAGGAGCACAACACUAUAGCACAGCCCACAUGCUCAAGAACUAUCUCUUCAGGCCACCACCCCCUUACCCUAGGCCCCGUCCUGCCACCAGCACCCCAGACCUCGCCAGCCACCGCCACAAGUACGUCAGUGGCAGCAGCCCUGAUCUGGUAACUCGGAAGGUGCAGCUCUCCGUAAAGACCUUCCAGGAGGACAGCUCUCCUGUGGUCCAUCAGUCUCUGCAGGAGGUGAGCGAACCCCUCACAGCCACCAAGCACCAUGGCGGCGGUGGCCCGGUGAAUAAACGCCACAGCCUGGAGGUGAUGAACAGCAUGGUGAGAGGCAUGGAGGCCAUGACACUGAAGUCACUCAAUAUCCCCAUGGCUCGCCGCAACACCCUUAGGGAGCAGGGCCCUUCCGAGGAGACAGGUGGCCAUGAAGUGCACAGUCUUUCCCAGUAUCACCACAAGAAGACAUUCUCGGAUGCCACCAUGCUGAUCCACAGCAGCGAGAGCGAGGAAGAGGAGGAGACCCCGGAUGCUGCACCUCAGAUUCCUGUGCUUCGGGAGAAAGUGGAAUACAGUGCCCAGCUGCAGGCUGCCCUGGCCCGCAUCCCCAACAGGCCCCCACCUGAGUACCCAGGGCCAAGAAAAAGUGUCAGUAAUGGGACACUGAGACAGGACCAGGGGACCCCCCUUCCUGCCAUGGCCAGAGCCAGGGUGCUGAGACACGGGCCAGCCAAGGCCCUCAGUGUCUCCCGGGCUGAGCAGCUGGCUGUCAACGGUGCCUCUCUGGGUCCCUCCAUCUCUGAGCCUGACCUAACCAGCGUGAAGGAGCGGGUCAAGAAAGAGCCUGUGAAGGAAAGGCCUGUGUCAGAGAUGUUCUCCCUGGAGGACAGCAUUAUAGAGAGAGAAAUGAUGAUCAGGAAUCUAGAGAAGCAGAAGAUGAUGGGCCCGCAGGCACAGAAGAGACCGCUGAUGUUGGCAGCGCUGAAUGGGCUCUCGGUGGCCCGAGUGUCGGGGCGGGAAGACGGUCGCCAUGAUGCCACCCGAGUCCCCAUAGAUGAGAAGCUCAGAGCCCUAAAGAAGAAGUUGGAAGAUGGAAUGGUAUUCACAGAGUAUGAGCAGAUCCCAAACAAAAAGGCCAACGGCACCUUCAGCACUGCCACUCUGCCUGAAAACGCUGAGCGCAGCCGGAUCCGAGAAGUUGUCCCAUAUGAGGAGAAUCGGGUGGAGCUCAUCCCAACCAAAGAAAACAACACAGGCUACAUCAACGCCUCCCACAUCAAGGUGGUGGUCGGCGGAUCAGAAUGGCACUACAUCGCCACCCAGGGGCCCUUGCCGCAUACGUGCCAUGACUUCUGGCAGAUGGUGUGGGAGCAGGGGGUGAACGUGAUUGCCAUGGUCACUGCAGAGGAGGAGGGUGGACGGACCAAAAGCCACCGAUACUGGCCCAAACUGGGGUCCAAGCACAGUUCAGCCACCUACGGCAAGUUCAAGGUCACCACAAAGUUCCGGACAGAUUCUGGUUGCUAUGCAACCACAGGCCUAAAGGUGAAGCACCUGCUGUCCGGGCAGGAGAGGACCGUGUGGCACUUGCAGUAUACGGACUGGCCCCACCAUGGCUGCCCAGAAGACGUCCAAGGAUUUUUGUCCUACUUGGAGGAAAUCCAGUCAGUCAGGCGCCACACCAACAGCGUGCUGGAAGGCAUCAAGACCAGGCACCCCCCCAUCGUGGUUCACUGCAGCGCGGGGGUGGGAAGGACCGGCGUGGUGAUUCUCUCUGAGCUCAUGAUCUACUGCCUGGAACAUGAUGAAAAGGUGGAGGUGCCCACGAUGCUGCGAUUCCUCAGGGAGCAGAGGAUGUUCAUGAUCCAGACCAUUGCGCAGUACAAGUUCGUCUACCAAAUCCUCGUCCAGUUCCUGCAGAAUUCCAGGCUCAUUUGAUCUCCUCUGGGAUGGUGCAGCUUCUGGAGAAGGGACCCAGCUCUGUCCUGCAGGGGGCGCCACUUCCAGACAACAUCUGCCUCCCCCUGCCGGAGGUGGAUGGCUGGCAGCAGGCAGGAGCCAGAGUUACUCACAAAUAUCAUGUAUUAUUUUAUAUGAGAUAAUUUAUUUUUUUUUUCCCUCUUUGGAAUAAGUUCUGUGAGUUAGUAUAGUGCUCCCUCCCCCACAAUAAUAUAGUGCUUCUCAUUUGAACCACACGCUGACUGAUCUGCAGUGUAAGCCUCCGGGAGGGGAGGUGGUGGCCCCAUGGGACGUUCCAGACACAGAGGCAUAAAGGGAAAGCAUCUCUAGUGAAGUUGCAGACAGAUUGGCAAUGCCCCAGUCAAAAGUGGCAAGAGAGAGAAACCAUCCUCAGCUGGAAGGGAGAGAGCCAAGGUCCUGGAAGGUGGUCCUUUCCACACUGGGUUCCUGCACCUUGCUGAGUGGUUGCUUUUCUCUCCUUCAUUUCUGUCCUCGCCCUCAGCCAUCUUUCUCUGGAAGCCUGGGUGAAGGAAGGGUGGGAUUGGCUGGAGAGCACCAUGCCUCUAAGGGUGGUGAUGCCGUCUUUGGUCCAUGGGGGGCGCUGCUGUCUUUUUUUUCACCCCUUGUUCUGGCUCAGAAGUCUGAUAGAACGAUGGAUGGCAGGCUGGGUAUCUGCUGCUUUGUCUCGUAUACUCACAACACUGUAGUCUGGUAGCCCGGAGCCAGGCGGUCUGCACAGCUCAGCAAGCCCUCUGCCUGAUUCUGAUUGUGAGAAGAUAACCCACCAGGGUGGGAAUGGAGUCGGGUGUGGCCUUGGUGUGGAUUCUUAGCUGCACAAUGUUGCGUGUGGUGAAUGGUGACGUAGAAGAUGGAGUUCAGGUACAUUCCAUCUUCCUAUCCGUUCCUAAGAUGUUAGAAGGGUCUUAAGGAAAUGCACAUUGGGGAGCUGUCUGGCACUUAGUAGGGCCCUGCUGGGGAGGUACAUACCUGUGUCCAACCCACUGUGUGCUGCUUGGUUCUAGGCUGUAGCUGAUGAAGGCUGAGUUGGUUCCUCUUAGAGCUCCCUUGUUGUCAUGAGGCAGAGUUCCUGGGUGAUCUUGAAUUUGCUGUGUAGAGAGAGGAUGGCUCCUAACCUUUCACAUCUUCCCCUCCCACGUGCUGGGAUUUCAGGUGUGUCCCACCACACAGGGGCCACCACGGCCCCUUGUUAUGAAUGCUGAGACUGUCUACUACAAAACCUUCUACCGCCUCCCUGUCCUGUGUAGCCCAGCCUGGUCAGUGAUGACAUUAACCACGUUUGAUUCGAAGCCCAGUUUCCUGUCUAUGUCUAAUUUUGCUCAGAGUAUAAUUUUCUAAACUGUGAGUUUGUGGGACUGAAUGUGUCAGGUCUUCCUCCACAGUUACAUUUUUCCCUAUUUCCUGAGCUGAAAAGACCAAACAGAAAAUGUGUGUCUUUGUGGCUUCUGUCUCCACCCACUAGUGAAUGCUUAUGACAGCAGAUUCCCCAUUAACUCCUGGAAGAUGAGCCAAGCUGUCUUCACCCUGGGCUGGGGUGGUGCUGGUGCUGAUGUUGAUACAGCAUCUGUGGGUUCAGAUUCUGUGGAGGAGGUGCUUCCAUCUUUCCUUCCACCAUGCAAAUUGAAUCAAGGGGUCUAAGUGUGCAAGCCUUGUGGACCUGGUGUACUGUGUAAACUCUGACAUAGGUGUUUCGGGGAAAAUGUUCGAGUCUUAAGGGUGGGAAGUCCCGUUUAACUUCCUUUGACUAUGUUUCCCCUUUACAUGUCCUGACAUUCGGUCCCACUUACGGUUUCAUUGUGCAAUGAAGAACGCUGCUGAUCCUCUCCUGCUCUCUCUGAGCUGUAGUCGGUCAGAAAGUCUCCCUUGGGCAGCAAGGAGAUAAGAUGCCCCUUUGCACUGGUCACUGUGGAGGGGGAGCUGUUUCUACCCUGUGUUAGCAGAACAAGGUACAGGGAAGAUGUCAGUUGGCUACCCAACUUCCUAACCAACACAUGGUGAGACCCAAAGGAGAACAUUUAAGUGUCCCUAGUACGUAUGUAUUCCAUUCUCAAACACCGUUGCUUCUGGUUCUUCAGUAACAUUCCAAAUUCCUUUCCAGUCCCCAGUAAUUCCCCGUGGAUCUCUGGUUAAAUUAUCAUCAGGCAUUUAAAGUGGCAUCUGCAUAAUAAUUGCCCAGAGAUGCCUUCUAUCUGGGAAGUGAGCCAAGGAAUAAACCUUGAAGCAAAGUGUAUUAAAUUAGUUAUCUGGUUAGGCCUUUUGGAAAGGUUUCCUGUGAUGCACGGGGGCCAGAGCUGGAGUUGUCAGAGCCCGUUGCCGCAGUUUGGAUUUGAAAGAGGGGAAAAUUAAAACAGGAGCCAGUAAGUCAUCCCAUCUCACAGCACGGACCGCUCGCCGGCCCCGGUUUGGAGGUUUUCCAGUGGUACCACACUCUUACACUCAUCGGCCUACGUCCACCUUUGUCCUGCCUGGUUCAGGGGUCUCUGUAUCCUGGCUGCUUAACAUGGCCUUCAUUCCUGAGGUUGUGAGUUAGGUUAAAGGUGAAGCUGCGGAGUUUCUGGCUGGACUGUGGCUUGUCUUAGGCGGCUCUGCAGUAACUUCAGGUGGAAUCCCGGGGGCGCUGCACAUCCGCAUAUUCUUCUUCUUUGCUAAGAAGUAGAGGAGAAAAUAGUGCUAGGCAUGUAAGUCGCUUUAUGGAGGUGAGGACUAGUGGGUUCCUCCGAUCACUUGGAGCUGAGUCGCAGAUACUACGGAGGCUGAGGGCAUCUCACGUGCAAUAAGCACUGAUUGAAUGCGCUUACUUUGGGAGACUUUUACUGUUAUGAGAAAAGGAUUACUCACAGUUAGAAGCAAGCUGUCAUCCUGUCCCCCCCCCCAACACCUACCCCAGUCUUGGGCUCUCUCAGCCACCUCCACUCCAGGACAUGGUCCUCAUGGGACACAACCACCAGCUUCUAAGCAAGCCAUACCCCGCCCUCUCUCAGCUUCUGCUUUCAGCAGCUACCUCCUGUCCAUCAGCAUUUUCCUAUUUUUUUUCUAGUUUAACGUAGAUUGACCUGUAGUGCAUUUCCAGGCUGACUGAAUACAUAAUUGUUUCUUCCCCAGUUCAGGCAGGACGUAACGCCAUUUGUCUUUUCUACAACUAAGCUAGUGGACACAGAACUGGUUCUUUGUGACCCUGCUACCGCACUGUGCUGGACUUGCAUCUGGUCAGGCUGGGAGGUGCCCCUGGAUGCUGACAGGCUGGGCUGACAGACGUGAUGCUGUGUAGUCCUCUGUUACUCCCUUGACACUUAGGCCAGACAUUAUCGGUGAGCCUUCUAGGCUCUCCCAUUUUUAGUGGCAUGUCUGAUGGAGAGGGCGAAUUUAGUUAAUUGAUUAAUGCUUGGAGAAGAUGCGCCAGUUACUUGAGGUGGAGGGGAGGGGAGAAUUCCAGGACAUUCUAGAAUAAACUCAACGAACAUGAUUAGCCCUGACCCCUGUUUGUAAUAAUUUAUUCAUUUUGUCUCAGUAUUAGGAAUGAGCUGUCCACGGAGUGCCCGGUCACUGCCGUGUGGCCCUCAGCUUCUGCAUUUACCAAAGAUUCUGCCACUGUUGCUUCUUGCUGGCGCUCUAGGACCAGGUUCUCAUUCAGUGUUCUCUGCCCACGAGUGACGGCUCCGGCUCACUCUAACUGAGAGCUUUGAGCCUUCCAUGGGAAUGGCACAUUCCCUGGUGAUCUAUGACUUGAUGCGUUGGCUCUGGAGGGUGGAGUCAGUCACAGUUAGCCCUGGAGGGUUACCACAGUCUGAGCAUAGAGGUAGAAGCAUACUGGCCUUCGCCUUGCUUCUGUGUCCUUCGGUGGCAAAUCACCUUUCCAGGGACAUCUGCUGAAUGUAGUACCCACAUGUCUGGGGAAAUAUGAGGGUGUGCUCAGCACAUGCUGCCAACAUGGCUUAUCCAGAUGUCAGUUAUUCUAGUGGAGCUGGGACAUUGUCCAGCAGCUUGUCCACAUUCAUCCUCUCUUUCCUGUUCUCAGCCUUUGCAUUCCAUUAGAGCCUUUGGAAAAGUGGGUGUUUUCACUGGGUGUGUCCAGUCCUUGGUAACCUUCGCCCUUUCUCAGGCUUUUACUGACGUGUUCCUGUUGGCCUGUUCGUGACUGGGCACUGGGGGUCUGGCACCCUUCAUUCUCACGGAUGGAUAAUGCGCGGCUGUUUGGAGAUCGGUUCUUGCCGUUUGGAGCUGGGUUCAGCCUCCUCAUUUUAGAGAUAAAUUAAAGGGUAUUUGGUUGUCUGGCAGGGGUUGGAGCAAAUGCCAGCCUAAAUAUGGUUAACUGGUGCAUAGAAAGUGACUCUUGGGCUAUACUCUUGCCAGUAGGACCAUCAUUCACGAGAAGUGCUCAGAGCUUGUCCAAGGACAGUAGGGAGAGGUUAGAUAGCCCCUGAAUUUCUUACCCAAAAUUUUUCGAGCAUAUAAUUUUUUUUUGAACCCUGCCACUAUGUCAGGGUUCAAAAUUGGAAACUAUGAUGCUACGCCCCAGAGAAGAUUGUGCUCCAGCCUUGAGAUCUACUUCUCCUGGGUUCCUUGCCUGCUCCCCGUAUGGUUGUGACGUGUGGUCUUCGCACUUGGAGACUCCUCGCCUGAUACGGCAUGCUUGUGAGCAGAGAGUUGUGCCCACGUGUGCUACUCCCAUGCUCAGCACUCGCAAUCUCUCUUGCUUGUGAGUGCCUGUGCAAGUCACGUUUAUGCAAACGCUCAGGGGCGGCAGUGAGCGUCCUUGAGCUUGGACGCGGUGGCGCCCCUGUGUGAUGUUACUGUCUGCAUUUCCAGGUCACUUUGUCCACCCAGAGUACCACCAGCUUUCCUUCCUUGCUCACUUGCUUUCCGGACCAGCUCUCUGAAGCCCACUUUUAAUUUUACCCUACCUGUCCACGAAGCUCCUAUAAAAGUCAAAUCUGGCAAAGGACCAUGGUCUUAAACCUCUCUAAAAUGUCCACGGAGGAAUUCUAAAUUCAAGAAAGAAUGGUUCCAUGGCUUCCAGGGCUGGGGGAUGGGAUCUGGGAAAUGAGUGUCCAAAAUGAAUCAUGUAGAAGGCUUCUCACAACCAGGCCUCUGUCCUGAGGGGCAACAUUCUCCCUCAGUACCAGAAGAAAGGAAAAUAAGGAUGGAUAUUAGUGAGACUAGAAAUGAGGGCAGCAGGCUUCCUGUUUGUCUCCGGUGCCCCUAACAGGCUUUUGGGUGAGGAGAGUGCUGUGGUGAACUGCAGUCUCCCUACUUCUGGCUUGCUGGACUGUUCGCUUUAGUCUCCCUGGUCGCCCCACACGGCUGUGAUUGAUAGCUAAUGCAUGGUAAGCUAUCUAUCCACCCCCCUGCCUUGUUUAUUUUUUCUUCCCCAACCUCUACCUUCAGGGACACAAACUCUUUUGGGUAGAAAGCUAAGAGGGGAGAGGCUAAGAGUUUUAGAUGGGGUUUUUCCGUGCCUUGGGGUGGGACCUCCGCUAAACACUCAGGAAUGCCAAGUGUAGCCAGGUGGCUCGCGCUUGGCGUUCUCGGCAUUUCUUUGGGGCUUUAGCCUCCUUCAGUGCAGUGUUGGCUAAUAAAUACCUUCAGCAUUGAACUGAAAACUGUCCUUUGGAGCCAUUUUAUUUAGACUCAACGGCUGUAAAGUUUUAUUGUAAUUUCCUUUGAAGUUCCUUGCCACUAUUGGUAGUCCUAAAAUUCUUUAACCACAUUCUUUUAGACACAAGCUCACACUUCCUUAGAGAUGAUUUCCACUGUGUGCCCUGGCUGAGGGUUCCCUAGGGGAGAUUACAUUUGCAGAUGACUAUUGAAAGUGUAACCUUUUGUGACUUGUUACACACUAACUGGCUAGUUUGCUUCACUAGUCAGUCACUUCAUUCAGUAUUUGGAUGCUUGCUUUUGGUUGAUGCUGUCAGAUGGUGCGAGUUUUGGUUUCCUUCAAAAUAACUGACAUUUAAUAGUUUUUAUUUUGAAAUGAUGCAUAGACACCCCCACCCCACCCCAGCUUAGAAACCCCAGCUUUCUUUAGGGUUCUUGGGUCAGCCCACAGAAGCCCUCAGACCUCAGCUAUCAUGGCUGGAAUGCAGGGCUAUGCCAGAUGUGGUUGGCUUUUGUGAGCUGGCCUGGACAUGGGCUAGCACCCACUACAUUGUAAAUUGUUUAAAAAAAAAAAAAAAAAAAAAGCAUUCCAGGUUGGGACUCAGCACCCAGCCUGUGGCAGCUGCUCGCUCCUCGGCAGAGAAGAUGGCUGUCAAACCUCUCUCCUAGCAAACUGCACCUGUGAGCAGGGGAAGGGCAGAGGAGACGAGAGGACAUUCCUUCCUAAGUUCCCGAUGAUCAUAUUGACUGUGCUUUGUCAGAGACUCUCAGUCACGUGGAUAACAUUAAAUGCCCUAAAUAAAGCUAUGCACGCUGUUCCAUGGGCUGCUGUCUGUCAGUGACAAGCUUCUGCUCACUAGCCUCUCACACAGCUCUGAGGUGUAGGGUGCCUCCUUUUGACAGUAUUCUUUUGCACUGUUCCCUCUUUCUACAAAGUCUUAUUUAGAUAUUGGUUAUCUCUGUCCUUGUCAUUGCUGUAAGAUGUCUCCUAUGUGCCUUUACAAAUGUGAGAUCUUUAUUCUAACCCCAUUUUGUUUUUGGUAAAAAGAUAUCUAUUGAUUUCUACAUGCAAUAAACCUUGUUUUGAGAGAAA